UAAAGGACAAAUAUAUGAGAUCCCCCCCGAUCCCUGAAAUGGCGACACAGGAGGUACAGCUCAACGAGACCCUGGCCCAUCUGAAAACCGAGUCGGAGUCGCUCAAGUCGAAGCUCGAAGAGGAAAGAGCCAAGCUGCACGACGUCGAGCUGCAUCAAGUGGCCGAGAAGGUGGAGGGCCUGGGUCAGUUUGUCAUGAAGACCCGGAGAACUCUGAAGGGACACGGCAACAAAGUUCUGUGCAUGGACUGGUGUAAGGACAAGAGGAGGAUCGUCAGCUCCUCGCAGGAUGGAAAAGUGAUCGUGUGGGAUGCCUUCACUACCAACAAGGAGCACGCCGUGACGAUGCCUUGCACCUGGGUGAUGGCCUGCGCCUAUGCCCCGUCUGGCUGCGCUGUAGCUUGUGGUGGCCUUGACAACAAAUGUUCGGUGUAUCCUCUUUCCCUGGACAAGAACGAGAACUUGGCGGCAAAGAAAAAGUCCGUCGCCAUGCACACAAACUACUUGUCUGCUUGUAGCUUCACCAACUCUGACAUGCAGAUCCUGACUUCCAGCGGAGACGGGACGUGUGCAUUAUGGGAUGUCGAGAGUGGGCAAUUAUUGCAGAGUUUCCAUGGCCACGCGGCGGACGUGCUGUGUCUGGAUCUGGCGCCCUCUGAGACAGGGAACACUUUUGUCUCAGGGGGCUGCGAUAAGAAGGCCAAUGUUUGGGACAUGCGCUCAGGACAGUGCAUCCAGUCUUUUGAAACUCAUGAAUCUGACAUCAAUAGUGUGCGUUACUAUCCCAGUGGAGAUGCAUUUGCAUCUGGCUCAGAUGAUGCUACAUGCCGCCUGUAUGAUUUAAGAGCAGACAGAGAAGUAGCAAUCUAUUCCAAAGAGAGCAUCAUAUUUGGCGUGUCCAGUGUGGAUUUCUCUCUCAGUGGCCGACUUCUUUUCGGUGGCUACAACGACUACACCAUUAACGUCUGGGAUGUUCUCAAAGGAACGCGGGUGUCUAUUCUGUUUGGACACGAGAACCGUGUCAGUACGUUGCGGGUGUCCCCGGAUGGGACGGCCUUCUGCACGGGCUCCUGGGACCACACUCUCCGGAUCUGGGCUUGAGGACUCAAACGCGGACGAAAUCAAGUCAGACAGAACAGAAGCCCUGCAGACACAAAGACCUUUCUGUUUGCUCACGUACA